UCCAGCACUCUUUGGGAGUAUUGGGAGUGAGAGUGCUCGGCAUCCUUUGUUCAUCAGCAAAGUUGCUCUGUUGUACAAAACUGUACAUCGUUCAGUUUAGGCAGCAACUGUGUGGGAGGUCAGUAAUGAAAAACAAAAAAAUGCUGGGAAUGCAGAGUUGUUCAGGCAUUGUCAGUGCAGAGAAAAAUACAGCCGACAUUUCAGGUUAAUGACCCUUGAAACUGCGAGGAUUUAGAGAUGAGCAGUCUUGAAGAUGCAACAUAAGUGGGGAGGGGAGGAGGAAAUAAAAGUGGAGGUGUGUGAUAAAGUGGCGUCCAAGAGAGAUUAACCGAUGAAACGGAUCAUUUUAUGUGUUGGAGUGGAUGCAUCAUACGUGGUGAAAAAGUAGAUGUGUGACAAAUGAAGAAAUAAGACAUUUGCCAAGGGAAGCAACAAGUGGGAGCUGCAGAACGUUUGUCUGAAUCACUGAAGGAGAAUUUUAAAAAAACAUCCUGGAGAUCUGAAAUAAAAGAUGCUGAAAAUUCUAAUGCUUUUGAAUUCUUGAGCUACAGAGGAGGGACAAGAGACUUCAAAUGCUGGGAUCUGCAGGAACACAGUGUGCUGGAUAAAGCCAGUGUAGAGGGGGAGGAGAAACUGUUGACAUUUUGGAUUGAGACCCCUCAUCAACACUGAGUGGAAUGGGAGAUGGUCAGCAUGUUGACUGGUGGACCGAAAAUUCAGAUUCAGAUCCUGGGAUGGGUGUGGCACGGGUGCAGACACACCCAGCCCUGAGACACCAGGAAUGUACUGAAAAUAGAGGAGCAAUGUCACAAUUAAAGUUGUGCUUGCUAGCAGUGUUAGAAGCCCAGUGGAGAGCCCACAUGUAACAUCUAACUCUCAGACGGCAAACAGAGGACAAGCAAUGGAUAGGUCACAAAGGAAGGAGGGCACAGACCAUUGUGAACGCAGGCAUGUUGAAUUUGGCAAGUUUGACUCCGCCAAUACAGGCUCCAAAAUCGAAGCGCUGAUUUCAUCCGUGGUUCCCAACAACAACAGCUUCUUCGGCAACAUGUCCUCGUUGUACAGCGUGCCGGAGCAUAGGCACCACGUCAACUGCGAAGGCUCCAAAGCUGGUAUUCUCAAACACAACCAGAGCGAGAGCGAGUUAAACGCGGGGCUCCUUUUGGCCGAGACGACAUGUAAAAAGUACGCUCUGAGGAAAAAGACGAUGGUCCAGUACAAUCGAGAGACCAGCCUGGAGCAGCUUGAGUUUGAAAAGUACUGCAAGAGUGCGUCUAUCCCUUCAGCAUCAACAGUAGUUUGCCAAGACUAUGGAGCUGCCUCUCAGUUGCCGCUAAAAAGGACAAUUUUCAAUAAAAAUCCAAAAUAUAAGUACAAAGGAAGUCGUAAAAUGUUAGUUAAAAUAACAAAGAUUAAUAUUCAGAAAUACCUGAUACAAGCCGAGAGAAAAACAAAACUGUGCCAAAAGCUUCUAACACACAACAAUUUGAGUUCAGGAGUCAAGAUGCAGUACAUUACGAUGCCAGAACAAAAUGUGGCCACGAUACCAACAGUGAAGAAGGGUAGGAGAAACAAGAUGACGAUGCUUCCUGCUGGGGAUGUGCCUGUCGUCAUUAAAAGGAAACGAGGUAGACCACGGAAGGUGCUACCCGAAGGCAGCACUGAACCUACCAAUCACGUGAAAAGAAAGCCCAGGCAUCACAAGCUUUCUCCGCCGCAGCCUACCUACAUUGCUGGGUCGAACGACAGCACCACAGACUACGUAGAUGUUUUGUCCAAGUUGGCCUUCUUGACCAAACAGAGUUUGAUCUUGGGCAGAUGCUCACCGCCCAGAUGUUGGUCUCCCAGUGAUCCUGGAUCCUUUCAGAGAUCGGCAUCCAUUCACCAAGACAUGUCGCAGUUCUACCGGACAUUGGCAGGGACGCGGAGGAGGGGUGGCAAGGCGGGUAUCUCGCGGGGCCGGCAACUUGGGCAGUUUGCAGAAUCCUCUUCUACCUUCAGCGAUUUCUUUGAAGGCAUUGGAAAGCGAAAGCGGAUCUUCCUGGGCGAAACCAAGCUGUACGCAAGGAAAUGCAAAUGGGGUACUGAAAUGAAAGAGAAACCAGUGCAAAGGCGAAAACCAUACAAACGUGCAGUUCCAUUCCCAGAACACAGCAUGUUCCAGAACGUCAAUGCUGAGAAUUCUGAAUGGGCGAGACAGAAUGAGAAUUGUUGGGCCACAAGUCAAGGUUACCCUUCCAAACAAAUCAGGAAUGGUCUCUACCCGUCCUACCCGGGAAUGUCAACGCAAUCAUUUCCCAAUGCCAUUUGGGAUUCGAGGUCCAUGUCCAGGAAUGGCUACUUAAUGGGUCGUCUCUCUUCUAACCAAAGCAGCGUCGCCCAACAAAGCCCUGGUUGCAUCGCCGGCUACUUCCGCUCUCUCCUCGAUUCGGACGACUCCUCAGACUUGAUGGACUUGUCGUUUUCGCAGGCCGGGCAAGAAUCGUGUAAUAUAACAGGAGGCUACGGGGUCAGUAGUUCGACGCCGCCAUCGAGGCACUUAACGCAUUUCCAAGAAGGCUUCGAGAAAACCAACUCCCCCAAUUGCACUGGCGCCCAGCAGCACACGAACCAAACGGGGCAGACAUACCCGCAGAUGCUUGCAGAUAACUCUGACAGUGUGGACUAUGGCUCCUCCUACCAUUCCUCUGAGUCAGAAACUUUCCAAAGAGGCGCUUCUCAAGCUGCCCUCACCAGGAACACUGGCCUCUCAUGUCAGCAGACUCCGGAUAACUAUGGACAUUACAGUAAUUACAAAGUGAAAGCCCAAAGUUUCGGUAAUUCGGAUGCACUACAACAACCCAGAGAACUUUCUGGCCUCGACUUUCUAGGCACCAGAGAUUGCACGUUCGGCUACGACGCAAGCAAUAACACUUCUUCUCAACCCACCUCUGCUGAUGCAUACAAUCAACAUGGCGUUGGCUCGAAGUCACACUUUAAUACGGCUUCUCCGUUUAAUUCUUUCAGACCAGACCCCCGCAGUCCAAUAUCCUUACAAGCCCCCUUAACCUCUGAGAGUCAGUCCGACGCAGCCUGCUCGAUGGAUCUCCCCUCUCAGAAAUACUUUAAUUCGCCCCAGUUGUCGACUGAUAGCAGGAUGGCGUUCUUUAGAGGACUUCAGAUGAGUGGCAAGUCUGGCUUUAAUCUCUGUGACGGCAACAUGGCACACUUUAACCACCAUUACGCUCCAGUGUUAGAUUAUAACAGUUUGAAUGAGGCAAAGGACAUUUUGGAUAUCUCGAACUACACACCCCAGAAAGCCAAGCUAAGGUCGUUCCCAGAGACGCUCACGGAAUCGUCGUCUCACUUUAACACGGCUUUUGGGAAUUCCGAAGGAGGUGGGAAUAUUUGCGGCAACGUAGCAAGUGAGGAGAAGUCCAGCCUCUCGAGCCUGGAGAAGUUGAUGAUGGACUGGGAUGAGACAAUUCCCAUUGAGAGGGCUGGACCAAAGGUGGGUUCCAAGCGCCUGUGGAACCAUCAUGUACCUUUCCCUAGUGAUUCGAGAGCCCUGUACGGAAGGCGGAAGCGGGUUGAUAUCUCCAGCCCUCCUCACUCACUUUUCCCAGCGUCCCCGCCUUUCCUUCCCAGGAAGACCUCAGCUCCGAGACAGAUGAGGAACAUCAGAAGCCCAUCUGCUUCAAAUAAGAAGGAACAGCCUCUCCGCAAAUCAAAGCUAUUGCAGAAAAUUCCAGGGGCAAGCCCUGCAUUCUCUGAGAGUCCAGACUGUGGUUUAGACUAUGGAUAUGGUGGCGAUAACUCUCUGCCCUCAACUCUCUCAAGUGUCCAGAAUUUCCAAGUUCCAAAAAGCGACCAGAAGGAAUAUUGCAGUUUAUACUCUCCCAGUUGCAGUCGGUCAAUGUCUGAUGAAACUUUUCCAACAAGGUUUGCUGGUGGUGAUAUUCAAGAGACUGUUUCCAUGUAUUCAGACCUGAAGCAGCCUGCCGUGGACGCUGACCAGCUCCCUGUGCAGACACUGCAGCACCCGAUCAGCCAGGAUCACGAGCGAAUCCUGCCCAAUAACCGAGAGCUGUUCCCGCUGCAGGCUCCGGGAUACGCAGGCAGUCUGGAGUCAACUGAAGGAAAGAAACAUCGAGCUUUUUACGACGCUUUAGAAAACAGCGCGGACAUUUCCCAGAGCGCCGCAGCCGCCAGCCGAGAUCUGCUGGCUCCACAACUCCAGUUUGACGCUGACAACGCCGCUGUUCUGGAAACAAACGCUAGGUAUUUGCAGAAUUCUGGUCCUUACGCCUCACUGGAUGAGAACAAAAAGGAAGCUGAACUGUCUUUGUUUGGGAUACAGCGCAGAAAUAAUAUAUCAAGUUCCAGACCCCAAAUAAUCCCCCUAAACACAGCAGCACAAAUUGAGCAACAAGCACAGAAGCUGGCCAUGGAUUACGGUGGUUCCCCCUAUGCCAGUGCGACAAUGACCACAGCCAACACCUCGCCAGCGUCAAGUGAUUCUUCUAUACAUGUGGACAGUAACUACACUGACAAGCAGGGGAAUCGUAGACCGACAUCGAUGGGCUUAUUGAUGGACCAAAAUCAAGACGAGCUGUAUGCGGGAAGUGCUUCACAGUGACGUUGCAAGGAAUUUGGUGCAAUUAGGAACAAUCGGUUCAAGGGUUUUGUGGAGCAAUUAGGAACGCACAUUAUCUGCAUGAAUUCAUUGGAGGGCUUGUGGUGAACUGACUAAUCCGGGAAGACUGGAUUUCAGCUUUAAGGAGAAAAUCGAAAUGGGCGUCUGCAGAGACAAUCACAGUGAACUGUGGGGAGCUGAGGAAAAGACACAGACAUUAGACUUGCACUUUGAGACCUGCAAUAGAGAAGCGUUGCUACAUUCACGUUUGAAAAAAAAUACAUAAAACUGGCUGCAAAAAUUGCUGACUCUUCUUUCACACACAAUCCAUCUUUUAGACAGCGACAAAAAUGAGGUACUUGGAUGCACUUGUUCAGCUGGUAGGUAUAAUGUUUGUACAGUGUAAAUAUAAUUUCAGAUUUUGUGAUCUUUCAGUUUAACGCUUUCAGAACAGUGUGGUUCCUCUUUGGAAACUUAAAAGUGCACAACAUGUAGUCCAUUUAAGAUCCUGUAAAAUUGCCAUGUACUGAUUUGCUAAAAUCUCUUCCCUGUUGUCUCUGCAAACUAUUUUUACCAUGAAACAUCGGUGGGCUUGCUGUCUCUAAUUUGAAGUACCAUUUUUUUUAAAGAGCAUUGUACAUAAUCUGGCCAGCAGAUAGGGGAAAUAGAUGGAAAUGUACCAUACAUUUAUUUUUCCCCUGAAGACAGCAAUGGUAAAAUUAAGGGUAAUUAAGGGAAUGAAUCACACUAGUUCUUCACUCGUUUUCCUUUAGAUUACAAGACGUGCACAAAAAAAGCAUGGUUCUGAUCUUGCCACAGAGUGUGUAUUUUGGCAGCUCAGUAAUUGCUUGGGAGUCAGCAAAGAUUGCUGAUUGUUGCAAUGCUGUCAACAGCUCUUGAUCCUUUUUUUUGUCACCUCAUUAUGCAGUGACAAUACAUGUUGUCUUAUUAUAAAUACAUAUGUUUUUUUUAAACCGAAAUGUACAGUUUUUAUAAACAGUAUUUAACCAAGGACAGAGUAGACGUGUCACCAGGGCACCAGCAGUUUAUGUUCCUGUACAGAUGUAUCUGUAAAUUCUUUAUAUCGAUAUAGCGAGUGCUUCAAAUAUGCACUGAAAUGUUUGCCUGAAGAAUGACAAAAAUGGUUAUAACGUAUUUAAUGUAUAUAAUCUUUUAUUUAAAAUGUGUUUUUAUUGUACUCUGUACCUACCUGUAGUGAUUAUUGUGAGGUUGCAAAGUUGAUUUUUAGCACAUUUUUUUGCCUUCAUGCAGUGUGCACCCAAAGAUAUAUCUUUGUAAAACAAUUUCGUACGGACUUUUUAUUUGUAAGAUACAGUAUUACAUGAUGAAUUUCGGAGUGCUGAUGAAAACAAGCUCAGGGUGUCAUUUCUGUUGACUGCCUGAUUUGAUCUGUUUAUUGAGUGGUUCCUGUGAAAUACGAACAUUUUUAACCAUUUUUUAAACAAAUCGUCUUCACAUUAUGUGUUCUUGAAGUUGUACUCAGUGCCUGCCUGUUUGUGUAGUUCAGUCCACAUAAAAUACAGACCAGCAUUGCCGGAGAUGAAUUUUUCUGCUUGCUUAACCCCUUUUUCCUUCAUCCUUCACAAGAUUUGCUCUUCUGCUUGCAUUUUCGAUUGGACUGUCGUCCCAGGCAGCUUGCUGUUGGAGGUAUCCCAGAAUUCCCCUCCAGCUACAGGAGCAAAGAAUCAGGUUCAUUAUCACUGACUUAGAUGAUGUGAGGUUUGCUUUGCCGCAGUAGAACAGUGCAAAGACAAAAAA